GUUAUCGCGCCGCAAUUUCCCAUGGCAUUUGCCGUCAGCACUUGAACCACGUCUUCCACACCAGGGGCUCUCCGAUGACGACUGGACCUUUGAGCUGGGGCGCACCAUCCAGGGACCGUCUCCGAGCCAUCGCGUUUGCAGCACCGUGAUCCCGAGGCUCCCAAAAUUGCCGAAUCGUUCAAUCUUCGACUUUCGCCGUCCUCGUGACGCCCUCCGGACCUUGCACGAGCACACGACCCGGCGCCCCCGUCCGCUCGCCCGCCGUCCGCUCGCCCGCCAUCAUGAACGCCAUUCAGCAAAAAUGCCGCCCCAAGCACCAGGUGCUCGUCCUGAAGUGUUACCCGCGGACCACUAAGGGUGCUGUUGACGUCAAACCCAAUUCGAGCGAGCUCAGCUACCUCUUGUUCUACGCGCAGUCGCGCCGGUCCAAGAUCCAGAAAGUCGGCAGCUUCCUCGGCAAGAAGACGGCCAGCGAUGUUUAUCGCCAACGGAUCGGAAACGUCCAGGUCACGCUGCAGAUCCUGACGGCACUGAUCGAAAAGACGCCCAAAGACCUCCUUCUGUUUGCCUCAUGCGUCCUGCAAAUCCUCGAGCAGAUCCUCAAGUCCCGCGACAUCACCAUGGUGGAAUCGUCCAUCCCCACCUUCGAGGCCUUCUGCUCCCACCAUGACCCGACCUCGCUCGUGGCCGACCAGGCCUACCAACGCCAGUACCUAGACGUCGUCCAGCAGUAUGCCUCCCUCGCCUCGACGCGCGCCUUCCCCGGAAGGCUGGAACCCAGCAAGCCGAUAGCCCUUCGGUGGAGGAACACGGGGCUCAAGGCCAUCAAGAGCAUUGCCUCGUCCGACGCCCUCUCCUCUGCCAUGACGCAGCAGUACGACCUGACCGUCCCCGUGAUCCUCGAGAACCUGUGGACCGACAACGAGGACUUCCUCGACGUCCUGCACCAGCGAGCCGAGAUGGGAGAGAAGCUGGGCGGGACGACGCUGCUGAGGAGGCGCACGAGCGUCGCCACGGUGCAGACGGCCGAGAGCGAGUCCGACGCGAACCCGAUCGCGCUCGCCGACACCGCCGUCGACAUGGACAAGCUGGCCGAGGAGAACACGGGCGUGCUGGCGAUGGAGUGCUUGAGGCAGAUCUUCGUCGCCACCAACCGGUCCCAGGUCCAUGCCGCCACCGUUGCCCUGCUCAAGUUCAUACAGGAGCGCGUGACCCAGCAGGAGGACGUCGUCAAGACGGAUUCGGACGGGAGAGACAGCGGCUGGGCCAUCAAGAUGUUCCUCCUGGUCGCCCGAUGGGCUCCCGUGGCCGACCGCUUCACCAUCCUCAUCACCGCCAUGGACGCGCUCACCCAGCACCCCCUCACCGACGACACCCUGCGCCAGCACGUCGUCCUGACGGCCAUGAUCGGCGCCCUUCUGCGAUCGGAUAUCAACCUGAUCGGCCUCAGCGUGAUGGACGUCCUCCUCCAGCUCGUCGGCCACAUCAGGAAGCUCGUGCAGAUGCCGGGAGACCCGGACAGUCUGCGGACCGAGCCGCACGUUCCGGGCGAGCCCGAUCCCCGCUAUCUGGCCGGGCUGCAGCUCAGCGGCACGGCGGAGCAGGCCGCAGCCCAGCGCAAGAAUCUCCUGUUCCGGCUGCAGGAGUGCAUCGGGGACCUGGCAACCCAUGUUUACUACGCCGACCAGAUCUUCGACAUGAUCUCCCUCCUCCUGCAGAAGCUGAGGCCGUCCAGGUCCAGCAGCUCCUCCGGCUCGCCCCCCGGCGACAAGACGGACACGCCCCAGUCGUCCGUCAACGCCCUCGCGGACGAGCAUCACCACGACGACUCUCUCUUCGGCCUUACCGUGGCCAAGAUUGCCGCGCUGAGGGCCAUCAAAUCGGUUCUCCUGGUAGCCAAUCCGCGGACCAAGAUGAGCGGGAACGUCGGCUUGUCGAGGAGCCGCGUUCCUAUCCGGGUCUGGGACGGCACGCAUUGGCUGCUGCGGGACCCCGACGGCCUCGUGCGCAAGGCCUAUGCCGACGCCGUCGUCACAUGGCUGGACCGCGAGACGACCUCAGCCGACUCGAGGGCCAGGGACGAGACGGCCCGGCCGAUGCCCAAGCACCGCGAGCCGGGCGCCUCCCUUGCGAAGCGGGCCGUGUCGAGCGCCUCGGCCCGCGAGAAGCCCGCCAAGGCGACCCGAUCGCACUUCCUGCAGCUUCUCCACCUGUCCAUCUACGACAACGCGAUCCAGUAUAUCGACUACGAGAACGACAUGCUGCUCCUCCACGUCUUGCUGGCCAAGCUCGUCGACAAGCUCGGCAUCAACGCCGUCGGCUAUGGUCUCCCCAUGAUCUUCCGGCUCCAGGAGGACAUCCAGGACGCCGAAACGCCCAUCCACAAAGUCCGGCUGGGCAGUCUCGUGCAUGGGUACUUUUGGAUCCUGACCGAGAAGUUCGACUUUGAGGGCUCCGUCAUCGGCAGGGCGAUUCAUAACGAGAUUGUCCGGCGCCGCAGCAAGAACUUCUGGGUCGAGGGCAUCAGCAUGCCGCCGCCUCUCAUCGACCUGAUGGGGACGCCGGGCACGGUCGGGCGUCAACCGAGGCUGCCUACGGAGGAGAUCGAAUCGGAAGCGCUGCUCCCCUUCGACGAGCGGCUGGGCCUGGUGGAGUGCCUGUGCGCGGCGUAUCAGGAGCAGACCGUUUCUCCGUCGCAGAGUCCGGCCGCUAGUCCCGGCCGGGGCUUCUCGCACCCCGUCAUGGGCUCGGCCGCGACCAACAACAUGCCGAACGUCGAGACGGACCAGGAGAUACCCGCCAGCUUCCGCGAGCAGAUGCUGAGCGAAUGGAGCCGCGAUGCCGUGCUGGCCGCCGUGCAGACGGCCAGCAAAUCCGAAUCCCUCAACGGGUCCCGGUCGGGGACCACGGGCACCAACCGGCUCAACACUCAGAGCGGCGGGCUGGCGCCGAACGGGUACAACGCCCGAGCGGACAGGUCAUCGCCCCAGGGCAGCCGGGCAAACCUGCGCCCGUCCACCUCGCCGGCAGGGGACGCGGCUGGCAAGGCAAGCCUCCGCAGCGGCGGCCACCGCAUACCGGCACCGGCAGGCAACGGCGAGGCCAAGGAACAAGUCGUCGCCUCGGUCGAGCGGCUCAAGCUCGUCCUCUCCGGCCACCUGCAGCCGCCGCCGCCGCCGACGAUGCACGGCGGGCCCAGCUUCCAGCACGACGACUCGAGCAGCGACAGCCUCGUCAGCUACGACAUGACCCCGAGCGAGCUCUCGUUCAACCCAGCCACCCUUCCCGGCAACGGCCACGGCGACGGAAACGACUUCGGGCAGGAGGAGCAGCAGCUUGGCGCAACAGACCGACUAGGCCAACAGCGCCAACAGCGACCCGUUUCCCGCGAACGCAAGACGCAAGAAGUUGGCAGGGAUGACGAUGAAGACGGGAGACUUGGUAACGGGAACUCCGAGAGUGGCGGCGGAGACGACGACGUCCCUCCCGUGCCGCCCCUCCCGACGGGCCUGGUAGGGGUGGAGAGAGUCGGGCGGUCGGCGUCGACCAAGACAGCAGCACAGCAGGACCGCGCGGCCACGCUGCGUCGUCCGUCGACGUCCAGGCGGAGCGUCAAGAGCAGAGGGGGUGGCGGCGGCGGCGGCGAGCACCGCGCGCUGUCGGGUUCCUGGGCAUCGGCCGACGACAGGGCGCCGCCGGUGCCCAGGAUGGACCUGGAUGCGCUGCUGAGGGGCAUCGAUGCGCGCGUUGGGGAGGGAGAGGCGGGAGGGCAAGGGCUGGGAGCGGUCACCAGGCCGCCGUACUAAGGUUUGCUCUGCCCACCCUUCCACGCCCAAACUCGCAGCAGAAGAGCGGUUGUUAGAAGGGUGUAAUUCUCAGCCCGGUUUGGGGGGGAAGAGGGG